AUGGCGACCUCCCCACGCCGCCUUGCAGAACAGCGAUGGUCUCUCAACGACCUCAGCUCUGAGCUGCUAGCCCUCAUUAUCGAGCAUCUCCGGGACAUUGAUCCCCCAUCGGCCGCCACAAGCCGUCGCUUGUCGAGGAGAUUCGAGGCAGUCGCGACCCCCAUCGUCUAUCAUGUGCUGUGCCUCAACGAAAACAUUGUGUCAACGGACGCCGAGGCACGAUACCCUAACCUCUUCCGAAACGUAGCGGCCCACACCAACCAUGUGGUGGCCCGCAGCAAUCUAGACCCCUUUGGCAUCAAGCGCGUGCUAGACAGGGUUCGCAGGCUCCAAUCUGUCCAGUAA